AUGGCUCCACUGCUGAGUCUCACAAUUUGCCCGAUAAAAGUCGGAAAAUCAGCUGGCACGGCCGUUUCGAUCGAUGUCGAUGGCGGAAUCUGCGUAUUGCAUCCGAAGACGCACCAAUGUCUUCUUUCAGAUCCUGGCUUUGGUCAAGCGAUAAUUGAUGUCGCUUGGACAAAUGAUGGGUACCUUAUUGUCACUCGUGAAGACGGAUCAUGCAAGACAUGGGAUGCAUAUUCGAUGGCUCUUGAACGGGAAACUUCUUCCUCUCAAGCGAAUGAAAUUCAGUCAACAGCUGAGCUAUAUCCCCAUGAUAAACCUCCGGCAAGGAGGCAGCAGCUCAUUUUUGUCCAACCAAUGUUUCUUGAUCAGCUUGAUUCUCCACCAAUUCUCAAGUGUUUAUCAUUUCACUUCGAUGUCGAAAAAAUGGUUCAAAAUAUCAUCCAGCACUAUCGACUUAAUCAAACAAGUAACAAGAAAAUGCCAUCGCGUCAAGCCUCUGAAGACAAAUCACAGCCAAAUUUAACCAAUACUCUCAAGACAACAGGAAUGCAGUUAUUUUCUAGCGUCCAGUCAAAAAUUAAAGAAUCGCGCUCAGGUCGCCAAUCUCCAGCAACUCCGACCUCACCAAAGUCUCCUCAACAACAAGCUACAUCGCCAUCGAAACUUUCCUUAUCAAGCGCACCAUCACUAGAUACUUCUGAAAGUGCCAUCUUGGGACCUCAAUCGUUAGCAUUCGGACGUAUUCUUAUCAUGACCUUGCAUGCAUGGGGACUUCAGCCAUCUCUUGAUGAGCUUCUAGUGACGAUGAUAUCCUUUGCGCGACCGAAAAAGUCACUGAUCUUUGGAGUCCGUCGUCAGAGCUGCUGUGUUUUCUUUUUCCCUGAAGAACCAGACAAUUUUAACGAACACUGGAACAUUUCAAAAGACUUGACGAAUCUCCAUCUCAUGUCGAUUGGUUCUCUUUGCAACAGUUUGAUGAAUUUGUCCGAAGAAUUCCUCGGUGAUGGUAGACAGUGUUGGUCUGGACUAGUCACUCUCCACUGCGCCUUGCUAAGCGAUCUAUUAGAAAAGUACACUCCUCCCGCUCUGGAAACACUGGCGAUUCGCUGGUCUGAUCGUGUGCAAGAAAUUCGCGAAACGGGACAAAGCCUUCUUCUUGAUCAACUAAGACGUAAUGACGAAAAGACACGUGGACGCAUUAUCCAACACUUCCUCAAUCAACUUUCAUCAUCCAACAUGCAAACAAGUAAUACUGCCGUUGUCAUCCUAGGCGUGCUUGGUGCUGAACUCAACUGCCUCGGUCAAUCAACAACAAGAAUCAUUGCUCAGAAGCUGCUCUCUCUUCUUGAUGCCAACGAUAACUCAAUUUCAAAGAGGACAGCUGUUGAACUUCUUGGUCGUGGCUUCCAUAUCUGGGAGCCUUUCGUUGAGCCUGCAACUGUUCUCUUGGCUCUUAUGGAAAUGACGAUCAACUAUGAAAUGGUGGAGCCACUAUUUAACAAGAAGGUGAUGGUUUCGCCAAGCGCGGAGCUCUGCCGUGCUUCGCAUAGAGCUCUCUGUCAAAUCGCCCGAUCAAAACCCAGCGUCUUCAUCACGACAAUAGGACGAGAAGUAGCCCGCCAUACUGCCGCAAUUGCUAAUCCAGCUACCUCCCAGAAAUUUCAGCAGUCGACGCUUGUCAAAGCCAAAAAUGAAGUGUUGCGGAUAAUAGAGUUUUUGGCAGAAAUGCUGCCCAACGAGCUGUCUCUGCUUAUAUCUGAGGUCGUUGACAUCGUUCUGUUUUGCUUGGACUCUCAAGCAUUCAAGAAAACGAGGUUAUCUGACGCUUUUCCUCCACUGCAAAGAUUUCAUAUGCUGUCAUUCUGCAAUAACACCAGAAGAAUAGCGGCUGGGACGAAGAAUGGGCAGAUAAUUGUUUAUGACUUGAAGACUCUGAAAAGUCAGGUGGUUUCCGCUCAUCGAGGCGCAGUAUCUGCGCUUUGUUUUUCACCGGAUGGAAAAUACUUGGCUACGUAUUCAAAUGUUGAAAAUCAAUUGAGUUUCUGGGUGAUGGUAUCGUCUAUUUUUGGAAUGGUUACUUCGCAUGUGAAAUGCGUCAAAUCUGUUGGAACUGUGCCGCUGAGAGUUUCGUCGAGCAAUAUUUCGGAAAACCCGAAGCUCGUCUGGGUCAAUAAAGAAGUCGCAGUUCUGCUGAAUUCGGACGGCUCAGAAUAUCGCUUUACGAUAUAG